AUGUACGACGAGUUUGAUUGUGAGGUCGAAGAAGAGGCCACAACAAUGAAGGUGAAAGAAGAAGAAGAUUCGGAGACUGAUUGCUAUGUUUUGGAAAGUGAUGAUGAUCAAUCAGCAGGAAAUGUGAUCAAAACUGAAGAUCAGUCUGAAACUUCAAUUGAUAUGUACGAAGACGAGUUUUAUGAGCGCCUGGAACAGGAUUUUUAUGCCAACAAUAAUGCCAAUGAAACGAGUGAAGCAGUGAACGUCAACGAAGAACAAGAGACGGAUUCUGAUGCCACUGAAAUUGAUGAGGAUGCUAAAAUCCACAAGUGUCAGCAGUGCGACAAAAGCUUUCCAACUCCAUAUAAUCUCAAUCGACACCAACUAGUGCACAAUGGCAUUCGAGCUUACCAGUGCCCAACAUGCUCCAAAGCAUUUAAGGAGAAGGGUCAUCUCAAACAACAUCAACAAGUGCACACUGGCAUUAAAACGCACCAGUGCCCAACAUGCUCCAAAUCAUUUGGGCAAAAGGGUACUCUCCAACAACACCAACUUGUUCACACUGGCAUUAAAGCGCACAAGUGCCCAACAUGCUCCGAAUCAUUUGGGCAAAAGGGUACUCUCAAGCUACACCAGCUUGUUCACACUGGCAUUAAAACGCACAAGUGCACGAUUUGCUCUAAAUCAUUUGGGAAAAAGAAUAAUCUCAUUUCACACCAAGCAGUUCACACCGACUCUCGAUCCUUUCAAUGCUCCAUUUGUGAAAAAGCGUUCAAAUGGAAGCGUGGUCUCAAAAAGCAUCUUCAAACUCAUAAUCAGCAGUAA